AUGGCCUCCUCGUUUUCAAACUCCUUUACCCUUGAACCGGCCGCAUCAGAGGCAGCAGCAGCAGCCAGCCCAACAACGGAUGAAAGCGGGAGACAAAGCAGUCCUUCGGUCGCCGGGAGCGAGCAAACAACCAAGAGCACCAACACCAACAUCAAUAAGAACAAAAUGGCUUUUUCAUCCGCCUCUCACUAUAUCAACGAUGAUCUUUCACACCAAGGUGACCAUCACCCCUACAAUGACUCGGCAGCCCCCAGCAGCGACGAGGACGGCAAUCAUAUAAUGGGUAAUGCCAGGUUCGGAUCACCAGCAGCCAUGGCCAAAUUACAGACAGCAUCAUCAAAAAUACCAAAGUCCAGGAGGCGGGGUACCGCGACCACCAUUAAGGCACCUAGGCGGGCACGGGCAGCGGGCGGAGGGGCCAAGAAAGGCACGGCCAAGGGAGCAGCAACAAUAGGAGGAGGCGGCGGAUCCAGGAAGAAGACCGACACAUCGAUGACGACAACCCUACCCAACGAAAUCGACGAUGGCGGUAGCCUGGCCGGUAGCCUAGUCGGAGGGCAGGACGGAGGAGGAGGCAGCGGGAUGAGCGAGUCCGACAGCGGCCCCUACUGUAUCUGCGGUGGACCCGACAACCAUCGGUUUAUGAUAGCAUGUGACCGGUGCGAGGACUGGUUUCACGGCGAGUGUAUCAACAUGGACAAGUACACGGGUGAGAACCUGGUGCAGAGAUACAUCUGUCCCAGGUGCGAGAUUCCCGAUCGUGGCUUGGUCACUCGGUACAAGAAGAUGUGCUCGCUCGAUGGGUGCAACCAACCGGCGAAAAUCUACGAGGAUGCCAAGGAGGAACGCAGCAUUUUCUGCUCGCCGGAACAUUGCAACGCCUGGUGGGAUCAGCUGGUUGCCACGCUGCCACGGACAAGAGAGGUGGGCAUGGACAACUUGACAAGGCAGGAGUUUAUGGGAAUUUUGAAUCCUCCAGAGACAAAGCCAGGCCAUGGAGAUCCGCCAUGGCAUCUUGGGGAUGAACCUUUCGGCGUCCCUCCAAACUUCUGGAAAACCGCCGACCUGGGCGUAGUCCUGACCCCCGAAGAGCGGUCCAUUCUCGACCGCUCCGCCGCCGACCGCUACGCGCUGGGCGAAGAGAUUGGGCUCUGCAAGAAGAUGCUCCAGCUGCUCGACAUGGCGGUGAAGCGGCGGGAGGCGGCCGUCAAGGUGCGCGAUGCGGCCUUCAAGGCGCGCGAGGCAGCCAUCAAGGCGGAGAAGAACAACAUAAAAGGCAUCAAGGUGGAGAAGAAGAACAACAACAACAUGAAGCCGGAGAAGAACACGACCAAGGACCUGUGCGGCUACGACACGCGGCUGGACACGGUGGGCGCCACCCAUGCCUUUGGCGUUUUCUUGAAGAGCGAAGAGGGCGAGGCCAUUUUCGCAAGGGGCCGGUUGGACGCGCCUCUGGAUAUGCAGGCUUUGUUGGCUUCGCAAGUCCGUGUUAAGCGCGAGGCCGGAGAAGAUGAUGAUGAUCACGAUAAUGAGGAAGAAGAUGAUGAUGAGGAUGAUGGGAGUGUCGAUGGUGGUGGUGUCAACGGCCGGGGCCACCGCAGCAACGGAAUGAAUGGUGUUGGUGGUUCUAAACUCGAUCCCCUGACGGUGGGCAUGUGCACCAAGAAGAAGUGCAAGACGCACUCUGGGUGGAUGGGGAUUCUUUCCAAGAAUGUUAAGCACACCAUGAAGGAACUGGCGGCGGACGCGAAGGAGAAGUUGGAUACGGAGACGAGGGUUCGUGCCAACGCGGCGGGAAGGUAUAGGAGGAAGAUGAAGGAGGAUAAUAGGGUGGUGGUGCUUUAUCACAGCUCCGAUGAGGUGAUGAGUGAUGAGGAUGAGGAGAUGGGUGGCCAGUAA